AUGUCGCGCACUUCCAGUGUUCAGGGGCACUCGCCGGCGCAUAUUCCAAUCCCAGAUCCGUAUCUGUCCACGCGAUGCGACCCCGAAGAAAUCUCUUUCCAAGCCAGUGCGAUUCGUCUGACACCGUCGCUCGGAAGUCCACACAGCAACGGGCCCGGCUCGUCCCCUCACGACCCCACAGUUCAAACAAACUAUUUGGACCCCAAUGACCACAACAUCAGCACCUGUACCUCUCCUCUUUCCGACUGCUUUGUCGAGCCCAGGGAGGUGGAACUCGGCAGCGGCUCGAGUAGCUGGCGCGAUGACAGCUAUUCGUCGUAUAAGUCUGGGACCAGUGCGCCAGAUCCCGCUUGGUCUCCUCCCAUGGCGCCAAGCGCCUUUCAGUGGACGAGCUCGCAACCACCUCCAGCCACAACAGUUACAUCGACGGCACUGGGGCCCAACGGAGUACAGACACUCCCUCAUCCUGGUCUCGGUGUUUUUAAUCUGGAACCAGACCGACUUGCGCCUUCGACCAACCAGGACUCGACCGAGCUAGAUCCGGACGUGCCUAGAGGGCGAAGCCCGGUAUUCAAAAUAACAACCACAACCUUCUCUCGGGGGGAUUCACCCGAGCGCGGCACAUCGCACAAAAGGCGUCCGAGUCAGUCGUCGGCGCAUCUUUCAGCAGAUCCCAACGAGUUGGAAGAGGACGACGAAGAUGAUUGUCCACAAACCCUGUGUGCGCCUCAGAAGCAGAAGCGAAGUCAUGAUGGCACAUGGCUCCGUGACCCGUCUACUAAUUUAUCCGGCAUUGGUCCGACAUCUCGAGGUGAUGAAUAUGUGCCAAGCCCCAACGAUGUUCACGUGCACAGAGAGAGGGAAGAGAAGAAUGAGGACAUUGCAAGCUGGUCCGUCUGUGUGAGUGAGGCCAACAGCGUUGCUGGAACACCUAGCCCCCCACAACCGCGCCCACACAUCCCAAGGCGACUUCGAGCAAGGAGCACCGGAGAUCAUCCUCUGAAACAUGAGGACUAUUUCAAUCUGAGCACCCGUACCACAGAUCAAUCUUUCCCCGGACCCGGCGUUCUCGUCCAUGAGAGCAGCGAUGAAGUGAGCGAGGAUGAGGAAAGCAUCGGCACAUACUCGAACGAGACAUCUGCUGGAGUCGACGACCCCGGAAGAUAUGAUCGAAGCACCCCCGAGGUCUAUUCAUCGCUCUCGCCAACUAAAGCCGAUGAAAGUAUUCGUCUUUAUCCUUGGCACGAUCCUCCCCGCGACUCAACCCCUAGAUCUCAUGCCUUGCAACCUGACAGCUCCACUGAUGCUAUGAUAGCAUUCAACAAGCGUGCCCGAGACCUCGAAACGGCGUCUCUCGCAGCAACAGUCGAUAACAACAGUAUCUUCAAUGUGACCACGUCGUUCGAGAACUUCUCACUCGAAGGCGGGAGACAGCAACCGAAGAAGCGAACCAGUCUCCUCAAACGCCCGUUCCUCCAGGCAUCUUCGAUGUUAAAACGUCAAGCGUCCGACAUGUCGAUGAGCCAAUCUAGCACCUAUCCCCCACUCCCCCGAGACCCCGAGGACUCGCAGCUGAAACAGAGCUAUUCACCCCGAAACCCAUUCUCGAACCGUCGCCAUUCGCGAUCGCCCAGCCUAAGCAAUGCAUUGAUGGCGAUGACUAGUCAAAUAGCCAGUGUUGGCGGAAGCCAAUCUGUCCAGGCGGUGUCACCGGCACCAUCUCCAAAUCCAGAAAGGAGCUCUUUGAAUCUCCACCAAUUCACCGGUCGCGGUCGAAGCAGAAGCGAGUUACCCCGGCCAACUGGCCCAGGACUGAUGAACCUGAUGACUGCCCACGGUGGCCCUCCAGUUCCAAGCAUUACUUCGCCUCGUGUCAGCUCAGAAGCUGACCAAACGCCUCGAAGUACAUUAUUGGGUCCAGAUAACGCGGGUGGCGAUGGUGAUGUUGACACCAGCAACACCAAGGGUGUGAUAAUGGAUUUCCCCGCUAUUCAAAGCCUCCCAGUGCCAACAUUGGAAGGAUUCAAAUCGCAAAUCAUGCAACUGAAUCCGAGACUCGAACCGGCCUUGAUCCACCGUCUUGCGAAUGAGCAAGAUCGCCGGUUUAAGGUUUUGGUUGGCUUGCAGCAGAAGCAUUCCCAGGCAGUGGCUAAUCACUCGUGCAAAUCCGCGAAUUUCUGUUUCGCUCAGGGCGGCAAAGAGACUCCACUGUCAGACUCCAAGGCACCGGUGGAGAACAGGGCUGGACAAAACCAAUUCCACGUGAACAAUUUGACCAGCGGACACGAGCAAGGGUAUGCGAUAGGAGAAGGCACGGUAGCCGCGGCACAAUUCCCCCCUGGAGUGCCCCUUCCGCCGGUCAGCCGCCUCCCUGCCCGCUUCGAAUGUCCCAUCUGCUUCCAAGUGAAGACCUUCGCUAAGCCGUCCGACUGGUCCAAGCAUGUCCAGGAAGAUGUGCAACCCUUUACCUGCACAUUCCCGCACUGCAACGAGCCCAAGUCAUUCAAACGUAAAGCGGACUGGGUCCGACAUGAGAAUGAAAAGCACCGCCACCUAGAGUGGUGGACCUGCGCAUUCACUGACUGCAACCACACCUGUUAUCGUAAAGACAAUUUCGUGCAGCAUCUGGUCCGGGAACACAAGAUGCCCGAGCCCAAAGCGAAGAAAGGCACGACCGAAGGGCCGAACAGCCGACGCGAUCAAGACAUCGAACACAUUUGGCAAAAGGUCGAAGAAUGUCGGCACGAGACGAAGCAAGCUCCCCAAUCAGAGCCGUGUCGCUUCUGCGGGAAUGUCUGUAGCGAGUGGAGAAAGUUGUCAGUCCACCUUGGCAAGCAUCUGGAACAGCUUGCCAUGCCCGUUCUGCGGUUAUCGAAACCGAGUAGUGCUCCCGUUCCUGCUGACCCAGGACGAUCGGCGCCCCUGGCUUCGUACGAAACGGCUUUGCAACCGCCGUACGCGGCGCAAAACAGUAUCCUGGACUACAAUUCAAUGACCGGUAUCGAACUUUCUACCGAGCCCGAGUCCAUGACAGAGACCCUCAAUUAUCCUUAUCUUGGCGCCGGUCUCGACGUGGCCCAGGCUCAUCCCCUGCAUCAGAACUCGACCUAUCCGCCGCCCUAUGCCGCUCCACGCUCGAGAUCUCCGGAGCCCGAUGUCAUUCAUUCGUACCCUCUUCCUCAGUUUCAGGUGUACCCCGCGGAUUACUACCAGCCGAUGGAGUCCAACGCCCCCUAUACGGCCACUUAUUCGUCCGGGUGA